AUGGCUUCUCCAAGGUUAGAAACCUACUGCUGCCCAAACAGGGAUGCAGCUACACAGCUGGUGAUGAACUUCCAGCCUGAAGUCUUCUGUGGAGUCUGCAUUGGCAGUGCCUCCAUCAGCCUGCUACUGACCAUCCUGCAGCUCCUGCCAAAGAAGGGACAGAGCCCACGGAAGAUGCCCAAAGCCUCCUCCUCCUCCACCAUCCUUCUCCUUAUCUCCAUUUGUGACAUCCUCGGAGGCGUAGGUAUGAUCUUCAGGUCAAGUGUAUGGCUGGGCUUCCCAGGCUUCAUAGCCAACAUUUCUGUGGUGAACGGGACUGACGUGUGGCCUUCCACUUUCUGUGUGGGGAGCGCGAUGUGGAUCCAGCUGUUAUAUAGUGCUGGCUUCUGGUGGUUGUUUUGCUAUGCUGUUGAUUCUUACUUGGUGGUGAGAAGAUCAGCUGGACUGAGUACAAUUGUGCUGUACCACAUGAUGACCUGGGGCCUGGCAGUGCUGCUCUGUGUGGAGGGGAUUGCUCUGCUUUACUACCCCUCUCUCUCCAGCUGUGAAAAUGGCUUGGAACAUGCAAUUCCACAUUACAUCACAACCUAUGUCCCCCUCCUGCUAGUGCUUGUGGCCAACCCAAUCCUGUUUAGGAGGACAGUAUCAGCAGUUGCCUCCUUACUGAAAGGGAGACAAGGAAUUUACACAGAGAACGAGAGACGUCUGGGGACAGAGAUCCAGAUGCGCUUCUUCAAAAUUAUGCUGGUAUUUGUCAUUUGCUGGUCAUCCAACAUCAUCAAUGAGACCCUUCUGUUUUACCUCGAAAUGCAGCCAGAUAUCAAUGAAAUGCCCCUGAAAAACAUCAGGAGUGCUGCACUGAUCACCUGGAUUAUCAUGGGGGUUCUUAAUCCCAUGCAGGGCUUUCUCUUCACAUUGGCUUUCUAUGGCUGGACAGGAUGGAGAGUGGACCUGAAAUGGAGAAAGAGAGAAAUACCCUGGGAAUCUAUGUCCUCAUCAACAGUGGGGGAAAACACCUAUCCCUCACCAGUGAACUACCAAAGCAACAUCCAUGACUCCAAGAAGAUCUCGACAACCGACAGCCAGCAGACGGACGAGGCCAUCAGCAUGUUGUCUGAAGGUAACACCAGCAGCGACGAGAGAUUAACCAGAAGCUCUCCCAUCUACCAGGGCUGGUAGUUCCUAUGUGCAGAGCUGCAUCUAACUUUUCCUGGGUCUACCUUUUCACAUUGUCAAUACUCACAAAACCACAUCAAUGUGUGAAUCAUUGUGUACUCUGGAAUUAGGUUUGUGCUCGGUGGCUCGAUGUCAUUUCCUGUAACUUGUGACAUUGUGUGAGAGAGUGUGUGAGACAGAGAGAUAUGGUCAAGGUCUUCAUUUGCCUUCUAGAACAUGUAUAAAGACUUGAACCUUUUUUCAGCAGGAGUAUAUCUCUGCAAUGAUAUUUGUUACUUAUGAUUGAUUUUCAUUCAUUUUCUUUUAAUCUCUCUUGUAACCCCCUUAUGGUAGAAGAGUCUUUUGUUUUAAUAAAUGGACUAUUCAUAUGUUGGGUUUUUAAA